AUGUCUUUGGUAAAGAAUAUACUGGAAAAGACAACUGCUAGUGAAGACAAUUCUUCAGCAUACUCAUCAUCAGAUGCAAGCAUUAAACAAUCAAAAUGGAAAAAUUUCAAAGACUCUUUCAAACCAGCCGAACUGAAUCAAGUUGAAAAUUUAGAAGAUAGAACUGACCUAGAAAUGGCAAAUGCCGAAACUUCUAAAGGUGAUUUACAUAGAGAACUUAAAGGUAAACAUAUACAAAUGAUCGCUAUAGGUGGUAGUAUAGGUACUGGUUUAUUCAUUGGUUCAGGAACUGCAUUAAGAACUGGAGGUCCAGCUUCUUUAUUAAUAGCAUGGGGUUUGGUUGGUACUAUGGUAUUUUGCGUUAUUCAUGCCUUAGGAGAAUUAUGUGUUGCUUACCCUGUUAAUGGUGCAUUUUCAACUUAUGCUACAAGAUUUGUGUGUAGAUCUUGGGGGUUUGCAGUUGGUUGGAAUUAUGCCAUGAUGUGGUUAGUGGUAUUCCCCUUAGAAUUAGUGGCAGCUGCUAUGUGUAUAAAAUAUUGGGAUAGUACGAUAAAUCCCGUUGCAUGGGUUGGAAUAUUCUACGUUGGUCUUCUAGCCAUUAAUAUUUUUGGUGUAAAGGGUUAUGGAGAAACAGAAUUUGUAUUAACUAUUAUAAAAAUUAUUGCUAUAGUAGGAUUUAUAAUCUUAGGUAUUGUUUUAAUCUGUGGUGGUGGUCCAACUCAUGAUUUCAUUGGUAAUAGAUACUUUAAAAGCCCUGGAGCAUUUGCAAAUGGAUUUGAAGGUGUUGCAACCGUAUUCAUUACUGCAUCUUAUUCUUUAGCUGGUUCUGAAAUGGUUGGUUUAGCUAGUGCUGAAGUUAAAAACCCUGCCAAAGAAUUACCAAAAGCUGUCAGACAAGUAUUUUGGAGAUUAUUUUUGUUCUACUUUUUAUCCCUUAUGGUUAUUGGUUUAUUAGUUCCUUAUGAUUCUCCUGAUUUAUUAGGUGCUUCAAGUGAUUCAUCCACAUCUCCAUUCGUUAUUGCUAUUAAAAAAGGUGGAAUUAAAAUCUUACCUUCUAUCUUCAAUGCUGCCAUUUUGAUUUCCAUUCUUUCAGUUGGUAAUGCCGCCGUUUAUGGUUGUUCUCGUACCAUUCAAUCAUUAGGUGCUCAAGGUUUAGCACCAAAAUGGGUAGGAUAUGUUGACAGAAAAGGUAGACCAUUAGGUGGUUUAGCUAUUUCAGCUGUAUUUGGAUUAUUAUGUUUCCUUUCAGCUUAUGAAGAUCAAGGGUUAGUAUUUGGUUGGUUAUUAAGUGUUUGUGGUUUAGCAACUAUUUUCCUGUGGUUUAAUAUUUCCUUAUGUCAUGUAAGAUUCAGAAUGGCACUUAAAGCUCAAGGUAGAUCAACUGAUGAAUUGGUCUUCACAUCAAUCGGAGGAGUAUAUGCUUCAAUUUAUUCAAUGUUAUUUUUAGUUGUGGUACUUGUUUUAGUAUUCAUUUAUUCAUUAUUCCCUCCUGGUAGCAACGGAAAAGCAAAUGCUACAAACUUCUUUCAAAAUUACUUGGGUGUAAUAUUUGUCAUUAUAUUUUAUGUUGGUCAUAAGUUAAUUACAAGAAACUGGAAAUUUUAUAUCAAAUUAAAAGAUAUUGAUUUAAAUACUGGUAAACGUGAUACUAAUUUGAAUGAAGAGGUAACCGAAGAAGUAGAUACUAGCACCCAAUCCAAAACUAUAUUAAGUUACUUUUCGUCAUAG